GCAUUAUGGAGGAUUAAUGCUAGUAUAGACGUAAGUCUCCUGUGAUUCAUUAGUCAGCGAAAUCAAAUCCAACAGUUUGCUCUCUUCAUGAAGUUGUAUCCAAGGGCAUCUUGCGUAGACUGAUAGGCUAGUCACCAUAAUUUGAUAGGGUACCAGGCAACUCGAUGCCUUUCCUUUUAUUAAAUUAUUAGCCAAUGCCGGUCUAACCAUGUCCACAUUCACGCUCUUUACCUCAGGCCCUCCUUAAACCUUCGGACAUGUGGGAGCCGAUCCUCACCCUCUCCGAGAUGCCCUGCACCUCAGAAGCCCACGACCACUCAAGGGUGUUUCACGGCAUUCCUCCUCCAACCUUUGACUUACCGUUACUCGACACACCAGACAUCAUCACCGCCAACGUUCAGAAGCUGAUCGAACAAACGCCCAAUCCACGACACAGCUUCAUCUUCAAGGUGUUGGUCAUGCACCUGCACCAGUUCGUCAACGAGACCAGGCUAACAACAGAUGAAUUGAAGGCAACGAUCAAUUUCUUCACGCGCACCAGACAAAAUUCGAGUCAAGAAAUCAGUCUGCUAUCAAGUGUCCUAGGUGUUUCUGCUCUCGUCGCUAUGUUAAAUAACCCCGUUACGGGAGGAGCAACCGAUCACAGCCCCCUGGGCCCAUUCUUCAAGUUCGCGGAGGAUACUGCAGAUGUCGACUUCGGUGAAUCCAUCGCAUCUGAAGGGAAAGGAGAUUACAUGUACGUUGAAGGUCGGAUUUUGACGACAGAAGGGCAGCCAAUCCCUAAUGCCAUCAUCUAUACUUGGGAGACCGAUGCCAACGGAUUCUAUGACAUUGAAUAUGCAGACCGCUCGCAAAUUGACUGCAGAGGUCGCCUACGCUCUGACGACAAUGGCAAAUUUGGCUAUCGCGCUGUUGUGCCAGCACCGUACGCAAUUUAUGGAGACGGUCUUGUUGGUGAACUUCUUCGCCUUCUCGGUCGGCAUAACAUGCGGCCAAGCCACAUACACAUGAUGAGCUUGAAGGACAUUGUAGAUGACGAGGAAGCUCGGAAACGCGGGUUUCCUCGCGGUGGCUCAUUCAAGCUAUUGCAAUAUGACAUUGUAUUGCUCACGGAGGAGCAAUCUGCAGUGAUGUGUGCUCGCGUUGAAAAGGAACGCGGCAUAAUUACAGGGGGUGGCAAGUACUAGAUAUAGGUGAUCUAUGCAUUAUCAUUAGAGUGUUAGUUAUAUUCCUGCUCAACCUGUACCGAAACUUCGACCUGAUUUGAGUAUGUAGUUUGUUCAAAAUUAUUUGCAUCGUUAUGCGGUG